GCAGGCAGUGGGUGCAUCCUGGCACCUGGCAGGAGGUGGUCGGUGUGAGCACUGCUGCCGGCGGAGCUGGGCACACAGUGCUGCUGUGGGUGCGGAGAUGGAGGCUGAGGGCACAGAUAGCCCAGGCACAGGUAGUGUGCCCACCCAGGGAAGGCAGAGCCCCUCUCGCAGCGCUGCCGGAGAUGGGCUGGGCCUUGGCGAGGAGCCCCUGCUGAGGAGGAACCCUCGCCGCUUCGUCAUCUUCCCCAUCCAGUACCCAGACAUAUGGAAGAUGUAUAAACAGGCUCAAGCCUCCUUUUGGACAGCAGAAGAGGUUGAUCUGUCAAAGGACCUUCCUCACUGGAACAAGCUGAAGGCAGAUGAGAAAUACUUCAUCUCUCAUAUUCUGGCAUUUUUUGCAGCCAGUGAUGGAAUUGUAAAUGAAAACCUGGUGGCACGUUUCAGCCAGGAGGUGCAGAUCCCAGAGGCGCGCUGUUUCUAUGGCUUUCAGAUCCUGAUGGAGAACGUCCACUCAGAGAUGUACAGCUUGCUCAUAGACACCUACAUCAGAGAUCCUGAGAGAAGGGAUUUCUUAUUUAAUGCCAUUGAAACAAUGCCUUGUGUCAAGAAGAAAGCAGACUGGGCUCUGAAGUGGAUUGAAGACAGAGAAUCCACUUUUGGGGAGAGAGUGGUUGCCUUUGCUGCAGUCGAAGGCAUCUUCUUCUCAGGGUCCUUUGCUGCUAUCUUUUGGCUGAAGAAGAGGGGCCUGAUGCCUGGGCUGACUUUCUCCAAUGAACUUAUUAGCAGAGAUGAGGGUCUGCACUGUGAUUUUGCUUGUCUGAUGUUCCAUUAUUUGGUAAACAGACCAUCAGAAGAGCGAGUCCGAGAGAUCAUCACUAACGCCGUGGAAAUCGAGCAGGAGUUCCUAACAGAGGCAUUACCUGUGGGUCUGAUUGGAAUGAACUGCACUUUGAUGAAGCAAUACAUCGAGUUUGUUGCAGACCGCUUGCUAAUGGAGCUUGGCUUCUCCAAGGUGUUUCAGGCAGAGAACCCUUUUGAUUUCAUGGAGAACAUUUCUCUGGAAGGCAAAACCAAUUUCUUUGAGAAGAGGGUGUCUGAGUACCAGCGCUUUGCUGUCAUGGCAGAGACCAUGGACAAGGUCUUCACCCUGGACGCAGACUUCUGACCGUUGGCAGACGAGCAGACUCUUUCCUGCUCUCCAUCUUGCUUUCUACUCUGAAGUCACCUUCAUUUCCCCUGCUGGAACUGCAGUCUACUGGUUUGUUUGGUUUUUUUUUUCCCUCCUGAGAAGCAAAUCUGUUUCUUAACUGUGUGAUUUAAUAGUGCAAAGGAUCCUCUGAAAGGAAAUGAACUUCAGCCUGUUUAAAAGGGUGGCAUUUUUAAGACUCCCUUGGCUCAGCUGCUGUGAGCACUCCUUAACAAGGGCCUGGCUACUGCUGCUUUUUUUAAGCCUUUGGUAGUGUUUUGGGGAAGCAGAGUGUGCAUUUACCUCAGAUCUGCCAACCAGAUGAGGUCUCUCUCUCUGUAUAUAUGUUGCUAUAAAUUAUUUUCAUGGUUUCUAUUUUCAUGGGUAGAGAUUUGGUCUAGAGUCAAAGCUCUUCCCAGUUGCUCUGCUGCAGACAGAAUACUAAAGGAACGUGGGAAGACAUUAAUAAAGUAUGAACUCCAAAAUCUCCUUAAA